AUGCCUGAUUCUUUCAUGCUAGUCAUUUGUAUUACAUCCACUGCACUCUUUGAUUGUAGUGAAUCUCACAACAUAUGGAAACGAGAUGGACUUGAAGCAUAUAAGAAGCAUCAACUUGAUCGUGUUAUGGAACCUUUAAAACCCGGUGUUGGAUUUCGAUUAGUUCAGUCGUUAUUAAGCUUGAAUUCUAGUGCCAAUAAAGAAUUGGUCGACGUGGUUCUUGUGUCACGUAAUGACAGUAAAGCCGGAAAACGAGUUCGUAACUCCCUCAAUCACUACAAACUUGGUAUUACACGCAUGUCAUUCACGGCUGGUACAGAUGUCACUACCUACCUACAAGCCUACGGAUGUGAUCUCUUUCUUACUACAGAAGAAAACCAAGUUCGUACAGUACUAUCUGCUAACGCUCCAAGCAUAUUUAAGGGAAUAGCAGCUGGUUUAUUAUGCAACAUCACUGCUGAACAAGUGGAUCUUCCCUGUGAUGAUUCAUUGUCUACUGUGAUUCAAACAACCGAUGUUCAGAAUGAAACUAUGACUGUGAACGCGUCACAAUGGCCAAAGGAUCAAGUUCGUAUAGUUUUUGAUGGAGAUGGUGUACUCUUCUCGGAUGAAGCUGAAUGUGUUUAUAAAACCAAAGGAUUAGAAGCUUUUCGACAGUCAGAACAUGAAAAACAACAUAUUGCAUUGCCAGAAGGUCCAAUGCAUGCGUUUGCUUUCAAAUUGCAAAAACUACGUGAAGCAUUAGGUAAAGAUGACAAAUGGAGAGUACGCACCUUUCUUGUUACUGCUCGUAAUGGUGUAGCUAAUGAACGAGCAUUUAGGACAUUGGAACAAUGGGGUCUGGAGAUCGAUGAAACACAUUUCUUAGGUGGACUGAAUAAGACACCAUUCCUGAUUGCCAUUGAUCCAGCAAUCUUUUUCGAUGAUUCAAGUGAUCAUAUUGAUCGAGCUAAACAACAUGUUCCAGCUGCACAUAUUCUUUACGGCAUUCGAAAUGUGAUACCUGAUGAAACUACUACUACCACGAUAACAGCCAUAUCGCCUGCAGUCACAACAGCGAUUAAGGAAUAA